AUGGGUUCAUUUCUUUCUAGUUUUACCACAUAAUAACCAAAAAAGGAAUAAAAAUAAAUCAUUUAGAAUAAUAACAAGGAAUAAAUUCAACCAUUAUCAUCAUUUAUUCAUAUGAAACCUACUUAAUCUAUAGGAGAGUAGACAUUAUAAAAUGGGGACUUCUCAUUUAAUGAAUAAUAAUUAUAAGGAUAACAUUAAAAAAUGAUAAAAGGAGAUAUAAAUACAAAUUUGCUUCAAUCCUAAGAAGCAAUAAUAAUAGAUUAAUCUGGUAAAUUGAUAAGGUAAGUAAGUGAAUGUAAUUAAAAUAAAUUUUGUUAUGAAUGCAAAUAAAUAAUAGAAGAUACCCUUAUAUAAAUAGUUUGUUAGCAUGAAUUUCAUUAGAAUUGUUUUAUAUACAAUGUUGAAAAAUAAUUAUAACAAAAGGAAAAAUUCAUAAUUAAAUGUAAAUGUGGAACAAAAUUGAACCCAAACAUAUUGAGAUAAAUAGUAGAUGUUCAAAUUAGAUCUAAAAUUCUUUUUUAAAUUUUUUCUCUUUAAGUAUUAAUAUUAUUAUAGAAUUCCAAUAUUAGAAAAUAUUGCAAUGUAUAAUAGAUUUAAUAGAUGAUAGAGUUAAAUACAAACAAAGAAGACUAUGAUUUUUAAUAUAAUGAAAAAAAAUAAGAAUUAUCAAAAAAUAUAACUGAAUACAUAUUAGAUUAAAGUGGUAUUUUACAUUUGAGUUAAUAAUAACUAUUUAUUGUAAGUAUAUGCUUAUAUUGUGGUAAAGAGAUUAAUUCAAGUUUGUUAAAAUUAAAUUGUGGACAUAUAUAUCAUUAAGAUUGUUUUAUUAAUUGGUUAUAAUAUUAAAUUUAAGAUAAAAAGAGUCCAAUUAUUAAAUGUAGAUGUGGAACUAAAAUUAAUCCUAAUAUCAUUAGAAGAAUACCUGAAAGUUAAAUUAGAUUGAAAUUGUUGAACUAUUUAUUUUCAGUAUAAUUAUCUAAAAUACUGCCAUAUUUAAGAAAAAGUGAAGACUUUGAUUUAAUAUGGGAUCUAUAUUACUAAAAUUAAUAUUAAGUUGAUCAAGAUUACGAUAGUUCAUCUGGAUUUUUAUAUUUCAGCAAUUAUUCAACACCAGGAGGAGAUUGA